AAGUCCUCCCGUCAGGUCGGACAUGGCAACCCCUCCCUGCCUCCGCGCGGACGCCACGUUCGUCGGCCAGGAUGUCGUGGCCCUGGUAAUGCGUGUCCGGGGAGAAGAACCCCUGCCGCCGGAGGAUCGACGCGCCCGUUUCGGGCAGGAGACGGCCCUCCACGCCCUCGACCAGGACGACUUGCGGGAGAAGACGAAGACCCUCACCGGCCAGGACCCGGAGAACCUCCUCCUGAUGGCGGGCCUGGACCACAAAGACCACACCGCCGCCCUUCGCUUGGCCCAUUUCGCCAUCAUCAUGGCCAACGAGGCCGCGGCGGCCCAGCCCGUCCAGCCAGCAGGAAAGAAGGCGGCUCUAGCAGCCGCGGACCUCCUGGAGGAUGACCCUCCCCCAGUGAAGAAGUCCGGGGAGACGAAGCGCCCGGCCCCGCCCAAGGCCUCCGGCUCGGGACAACGCCCGCCGCCGAAGAAGCAGAGGAAGGCGCCAGCGCCCGAUACCAGCUCCGAGUCAUCAGACAGUGACGAGGACGACCUUGAGGAAGACGGGGUAGAAGCCCCACUACGCCGGCUGAAGAGGAUCUGCCAGGAUCCCCUGAUCCAUCAUCACCCGGAGAGGCUGAAAACUGCCCUGAGCCGGGUCACAAAAGCCGCGAAGGAAGUCCAACACAAACGCUACAAGCGUUUUAAACAGGUCAAGUCUUUUUUCCUCCGCCACACCUCCGUCCCGGGGAUAGGCCAGAGCGUGCGGAAGAUGGUGAUGACGAAGGAAGAGAAACAAUUCGCGGAAGAAGCGGAGAGGGCAGCAGCCGCUUUCCAGGGUCACGGCCGGGGGGGGGUACGGGCCACCGGCACCAAACCCCAACCCAGUCGGGCGGAACACCUGGGGCCGCCAGGCACCCCCCACCAACACCUGGGGAUCGGGGUACCGCCAGAGCAGGGGCUCCUUCCCCAGGCCCAGCGGCAGCGCCCCGUACCCCCGCAGGGAGCAGAAAUGCUACAACUGUGGCGAACCGGGCCACAUCAAGAAGAAGUGUCCCCACCCUCCCACCUCCUAAUCUGGCAACAUGUAUAACGGACACAGUUCAGAUAUAUAUAACGGAAACUGGUAGAAACCCACGUAGAUUUAGCAUGUAGAGAGCAGCAAAAUACUGGCAAACUGACAACAAAACUGGGUGCCUUACGAACGUCACUAACUGAGGAAGAAGAAUAAAGU